AUGGAGGCCAACGGACUAGAGGGUGGCAAGUUCGAUGCGCCUACUCUCGGGGAGGGACCAAAGAAGGAGCGACUGAAGCCACGACGAGCGAUUCACUUCCUGCUGGAACGAAUUAAGACUCAUCCCGAAGCCUAUUCGGAAGAUUUAAUCGAAUGCCUGGCGCAGCCGUGGUGGGGCGAGCUGGUGCAUGGCGAUUUCAUCCAUCCGGACUACUACCAGUUCCUCAAUCACAAGAAUUUGGCCAAGGAAUUGACGGAAGCCUGGGCCAGCUACGUCAAGGUGAAGCAGCUACUCGCUCGCAUCAAUCCGAGUUAUCGAGUAGAGCCAUCGUCAUCAUCUUCGACCUGCAGCACAACGACGACGUCAGCUACGGAAGCGGACGAUGCGGUCGAGCUGUACCUGUUCGACAUGUGCAGCGGCAAGGGCUUUAACGUGUUCAUCAUCAGCAAGAUGCUGCCGGGCCAGUUCACCAAGAUCUACGCGAUCGACAAGGACCAAAAGAUGAACCUCGAACACUUCAACGCGCUCGGCGGGGUCAAGUUCAAGUACGCCGACGUGCACCACCGACGCUUCAAUGAGUGGAUCUCGCGCAAGCUCGGCGCCGAGGGCGGCAACGAGGGCAACCGCAAGGCCCGACGCCACCGCAAGUGGGUCGCCGAACAGCAGCGCAACAAGCCCCAACAACAACAGCAGCAGCACGAGCCGACGUCGGACGGCAACGACAAGGAGGUGGUAGCCGAUGACGAAGCCGAGGAAGCGGCGCGAAGGGAGGAGCAGCGGCGGAAGCGGAGGAAGAGGGUGGGCCUCUUCCUGGGCGUGCACCUGUGCGGCGAGCUGAGCCAGACCUUCGUCGGGCUGUACAACAACACGCCCGGCCUGGCCGCCAUGAUCCUCUCGCCCUGCUGCCUGCCCAAGCACGACCGCGGACCCGUGGAGCGCGCCAAGAAGCUGGGCCUGGAUUCCUACUCCUACUGGGCGCUCCAGCUCUACCUCAUGGUCGGCCCUGGACCCUUGCUCACCUACAAGGACCUCUCCCCCGUCGAGGACGUGCUCAGUACCAAGAACGCGUUCAUCACCUCCAUCAAGCGACCCUUCAUCAAGCAGGAUUGGAAGCCCGAGAACCAUCAUCACCCUCACCACCACGAGGAAGCCUCACAACCUCAGGCGUCCACCCCGGACCACUGCGCUGAGCCUGCUGCUGAUUCAAAUGUCCAGUAA